GAUACACGCGAAUGUAUGCGGCGGUGCCGGAUUUAUCGUUUUUGCAGCGAACAGCCAUCACACAGCCAACAGCCAGAACUGUACAAGCCAUCGCGUUCCCCACUGGCGUCGGCUGCACGUUACCCGUACCCGACGGCCUCCCCUUCCCAUCAGCAGCAGCAACAGCACUUGCAACCCCCCGGAGGCGGAGCAAUCCAUCAGCACCAAUCGUCUCAGCAGCAUCAGUCUCCCCACCACCAGCAACCACAUCCACAACUCUCUCAGCCCCAAUCGCAACCUCAACAACCACCCCAACCCCCGCCACAUACGCAACAACAACAACAACAACAGCAGCAACAGCAGCAGCAGCAGCAAGUGCAACAACAACAACAGCAGCAGCAACAACAGCAGCGAUAUGUGGUGCCUCCCCACUCUUCAUUUGCCUCCAUCCCCGCUCCUACCGGUUUCCGUGAAUACAGACAGCCGCGCAUUUCCCUUCUCCAUUCCGAAUACGGGCGACACGGUAGUGGGAGCAUUAUGGGGAGGGAGGCGUUGCCCGGCGGUGCGCAACUUCAUCACGUGGCGACGGCACCGACGUCCAUUCAAGAGCAAAGCGGAGGAGGAGUGCCCCACGGAAUGACUGGAGGAAUGGUGGGAGGGGGUGGAACGCCGUGCAAGAAAAUGCGCCUUCAGGACCAGAAGGAAAUGCCGCCACUACGGAUAGACACGAGGGAAAGUUCUGGAGUGUACAACCCUCAGGUUGAGGCAAUUUCUCCAACCUUGCCCGAUCACAUACAGCAGGAGGAUCAGGCGUUUCGAAGUACGAAAGAUGAACUGUUGCAGCAAAUCGGUAAAGUUGAUCGGGAAAUAGCGAAAACCGAGUCCCAAAUUGGGAUUCUGAGGAAGAAAGAGGCUGAACUUGAAGAAGUAGCAUCAAAACCGGCGGUUAAAGCGGAGGUUGAGGAGGAUAGUCAGCCGAAACAUCAGAGUUUAGCUAAGAAGAUUUACGCCGAAAACAGGAAAAAAGCUCAAACCGCUCACGCCCAGUUGGACACGCUGGGUCCUAAGGUGGAAUUCCCGUUAUACAAUCAGCCCUCGGAUACUGUCGUUUAUCAUGAGAACAAACGAAAGUACGUUGCAUUCAAGAAACGCCUCCUGGAAUACUUCAAGAAGCGGCACACUGACAAAGAGCAGAGAAAUAACUAUUUAGCUGAAACUUAUAGCAAAUUGAUGCAAGAGUGGCUUAGGAAAGUCGAUAAAAUCGAAAGUAGUGCCAAGAGAAAAGCGAAGGAAGCAAAGAACAGGGAAUUCUUCGAGAAGGUGUUCCCCGAACUACGAAAGCAACGGGAGGAUAAAGAAAGUAGGUUUAACCGAGUUGGUGCCCGAAUUAAGUCAGAAGCAGACUUGGAGGAGAUAAUGGACAAUCUUCAAGAACAGGCGCUUGAAGAUAAGAAGAUGCGCAGUUAUGCCGUCAUCCCACCUAUCUUGAAAGAUGCAAAGGAACGGAAACUGACAUACCAAAAUAAGAACGGUCACAUUGUCGACAUGGAGGCUGAGUACAAGGGGCGUCAAUUUUUAAACGUCUGGACGCCAUCCGAAAAAGAGGUUUUCAAGGAGAAAUAUUUGCAACAUCCGAAAAAUUUUUGCGUAGUCUCGUCAUACUUAGACAGGAAAAGCGUCUCAGAUUGCGUACAAUAUUAUUAUUUGAGCAAGAAAACGGAAAAUUACAAACAGCUAUUGAGAAAAUCGAGACAAAGGAUGAGGGCGUCGAGGAACAACACGCAAAAGGUCAACAACGCUGCUAACACCAGUGUGGUUGACAUUCUUACUACAGGAGUUACGACAAGAUUGCAACGUGAGCAACAACAAAAGACAGGCAAUCAAGGAAUAAAUAAUAAUAACAAUAGCAGAAGCGAUACUUCGACCACGGACACGAUCUCGGGUACCCCUUCUACCACAUCCUGCACGUCCACCACCUCUUCUACAACAUCGACGCCCUCCUCGUCAGCGCUAGGAGCUGUUACAUCUUCAUCCUCCACCGACAUCAUAAUGUCGUCGGCGUCAUCUCCAAUAAGCGUGUCGACGUCCACAACAGCGCCUUCGAACACCACUAAUACGUCCAUCGCGGGGUCCACGACGUCCACCACAUUUACCUCGGUCUCGUCGUCAGUCGCGACUGCUAUAUCUGUCGAAGCUACGAACACUACGGCGACGAUUACCUCUACGUGCUCUAGCCCGGUUGGAGUCGGCGACGUGACAAUGACGACAACGACCACGAUAACACCUACAACCGCGAAAAUGGCAUCCGAAACGUCGGAAGAGGCCGGGGCUGUGACCAACGUAGCGGGUGGUGCCGCUAAUACUUGUGAAGAGAACGCGACGAGCGGCGAUAAGGGAGACAAAACUAUGUUUAACGACUUUAACAGUUUCGAAGAGCACAGGGUAAGGUGCGCGGGCGCGACGAUAACAGAUGGCGACACGAAGAGCGGGAGUGGUGAAGGCGUAAACGUUAUAGAAAGUGGACAACAGAGCGCAGGAGUAAACGGAGUUGUUAAGAGGGAAGAGGGGGCCCAAGAGAAUUGCAUCAGUGAUCAAAGUUCAUCAAGUGGACUAGUAGAAAACAAAAAGAAAAAAGAAAGAAGAAAAGACAAGGAAAAUGCUGUUAUGGAAUCAAGUGAAGAUGAAACAGGCGACGUUCAAGAUAAAGCCAGUCAAGGUGGUGCCUGUAUCGUUUGCGGGACGCAGUUAAGCUCAGGCUUACAGUCGCGCCCUCUGGCACCAUCACAGGCUGCGCAGUAUGGAUUGCGCGAAGAACAGGUGCCCCCUGGUGGCCGUGUUUGUAACACAUGUCGUUGCAAGUGCGUGCGGUCGAGAUAUACCCAUUGUCCACUGCCCAUGUGUCCCAAUGCCAGAGGACGCGUUAAACGUCUUCGUUCAUUUCCCCAUCGAUUACAGGAACUUCCAUCGGAUGUCAGGGAGAGCAUUCUGGACGAGUUUAACAUUCCAAGUGGAGUCACAAAGUGUUGCUCGGCAUGUUUCAACAGGAUACAACGUCGACUGGGCCCGGUCGAGGAUUGGCCUGAAGACGAAGUCAACCAACUUCGAAACGCGUUGACUGAAUUCGGCGCCAACUGGCAGUUGAUCGGAGAAAGAUUGAAUCGACCGCCACAUCAGAUUCGCAGCUUUUAUUCGAUGAACAGGAAACGCUUAAACUUGGAGAACUGUUUGGGUGAUCGAAAACCCACCUUGACAGAUGAGGAAGAGAGUGGUAGCAGUACCAGUAGUUGUGAUGAACCGAGUAGGGAGAGACACUCAUCAGACACAGCGAGUGCCGAAAGUCCCCAGACCAACGGAGAACAACAUCCGAUACAGAGGGUUGUAAAGAAAGAAGACGACGACACGUCAGCCACCGAAACUGCCGAUGAAAGUCCCUCUCCAUUAACCGUCAAAGACCUCAUGUCGAACGUGAUAGAGAUUACAUUGAAAAAAACAGGAGCUCCACAACAAGCCCCUAAUGCCAACGUUGUUUCAGUGGCGAAUAUGGCCCCCACCAUCUCGUCCAUAUUGAACAACGAUUCAAACGAAGUGACCAUUGUGAGCGAGUAUAACUUGAAUAGUGCCCAAGUGCCGAGAAGUGCGCGCAAUGAGGUGUCAAUUAUGAAACUGGUACCACCCCUUAUUGCAGCAACAAUCACACCCGUUCCAGCACCUGGUCAAGUUCCAUCUCAAACGCAACAAGACCGGGUCAUACGAGACGAUUUGGUGGUGUUACAAGUUCAAGACGGUAGAGGGGGAGGAGAGCCGGAAACGUUGGAUUUGAGUAUAAAGAAACCGAGGGAUCUUGCGCCACCCAUGCACCCCAAGCACCCGCAACCACCUGUCAGUCACAGAUCAGAACAACAGUCGCCGUAUAUGGGUUACCAUCAACAUAGAGAGGAGAGGAAAAGUCCGGCAGUGUACGUGUCAGCGGUACCUCCGAGAGUGCAGCCAAAAUUGCCCAGUCCAAAACCGGCCAAUCUUAAGACGGGUUCGAUCACUCAGGGCACACCCAUCAUCAAUCAGCCUCGUUUUGAAGGCCUACUGAGACAGAUCACGCCAGAAUCGAAAAUGGGAUCGAUAACGCAAGGAACUCCCAUACAUGUGCCUCACAUGCAGCAGGACAAACGUAUGUAUGACUAUUACAACAAGCGUCAGUCAGUUACGCAGCCUCCGCCGCCCCAAUCGGGCGGUUAUCCGCCUCCUCAAUAUCGUCAACCGCCUGCCGCAGUCUACUCCGUCGAUCAACAGCUCAGUUCUCGUCAGAUUAUAAUGAACGAUUACAUUACAUCGCAGCAGAUGCUUGGAAGACGUGCAGCGGCCAGUGAUAAGGCUGCAGCGGUGGCUGCUGCCGCCCAAUAUUAUGCCCGAACGCCUCCUCCCUCGCAGCAACCUCCACAAAUGCCCCCGUCGUCUAUUGCCGCUCAACAACAGCAGCAACAGCAACAAAGGCAGGGCGUCAUCCAGCGACACAACACGCAACAACCUCAACAGCAGCAGCAACAGCAACAGGUGAGUGGAGGGGUUAGGCCUCAUUAUCCCCCCGGACACGAGGCGUUGGGGUCGCUGGUGGAUGUAGCCGUUCAACAACCGAGCCUUCCCGUACCGCCAAGUGCUACGCACGAGGGACUGGGCAAGACGAUGGUCGAUAAUUUGAUGGAACAACCGAGACGGUUUCAGAUGAUGGAGCAACAUCAACAACAGCUCAGACAACAGCAACAGCAGAGGAUUGAGGCGGAGAGGAGGUUUCAUCAGCAGCAGCAACAGCAACAGCAACAACAACAAAUUCGGCAUCAACAGCAGGUGCCCAGAAGCGAUUCUUCAACUUUAACAGCCGCCAGUUUGAUUGACGCUAUCAUCACACACCAAAUCAAUCAAACUGCGGAAGUAACGAAACCGCGUUUUUUCCUUCAAGGUGGUCAGUCGGUGCCCAACAGUAGGGAACCGGCGCGAGCCAGCGACCGCCUCUUCCAGUCGUUUACCCGCGAACAGGCUGCCGCAGCUCUCGUUCAACAACAACAACAGCAAGCCGCGCAACAACAGCAAGACAAUGGCGAAAGACCUCCGUCCGUCAUCAGUGUCGACCUCGAUGGCGACACGGCCAAUUCGAAAAGCCUAACGAUCAAAGAAUUGGCAGACACUGUGAUCGCACACGAUUUCGGGGCGGCGGCCGCAGCCGCGCGUCAAUCGGCAGCCUGCGGCCCUACCUACUAUCAUCACCCCCACCACGACGCGUGGAAACGUCACGUCCAACAGAAGGAACAGGAGGGAAAGCGAUCGAUCACCCCCCAUGACGAACGUCAAAUAAUACGGAUCGCUCAAGCCCAAAAAUACCACGUCGAACCUGUCUCCCCACCGGAAAGCAACCAUUGGUCCGAGCAAAACUACAGGCGAUACCAACAGCAGCAACAACUACAACAGCAACAGCAGCAGCAACAACAACAACAGUCGCACAAUAUGUCCGCACUCGAUUAUGUCAAGAACAGGAUUGUGGAGGUGAUGAGAACGGAGGACGAUAAGAAGGAGGUGCAAGAUGGCGUUAAUAUGCACGAUAAAGACAGAAGUGAUAGUCCAGGUGAUAUGGUGAUCGACGAGGAGAAGCACGAGAGCGAGCAGCAACACCAGCAACCCCCCACGGGAGCUUACGGCUCUUACUCUUACAUGACGCACAAGCAAAGUGAUAACGCGGGGGUGAACGAUGCUGCCAGGAACGUCGAACCAAAACCACUGCUUUCUGCGCAGUAUGAACCCCUUUCAGACGAAGAUUAGACGAUAAUGUCAUCGACUAAAGUGAUUGAUUUCGAUCGAUUUUUUGUUGGAUUUAUUAAAAAUAAAAGAAGAGUGGGGUACGUUUCGAUAAAAAAUAACUUCUCUUUUGUUAAGGAUGAUGGCUAAUUGGACUUGAAGAUAGAAGAAUUUGUUUCGUCAUCCUCUACUAUAAAAGUCUGCAAUGGCUUCUUAUUCGAAAAUUAUUUUGAUCUCAAACGGCAUCGGUGUGUGGUUUUCAUUCAUAAAUAACUUCUGUUGCAAUGUUUCGAACUACAACGACUGCCUCCUCGUUGUGGCGCGUAAACGCAGAUGCUGGUCUACAAUAUUGAUGAUGGUGGUCUUCUCUUCGUCGUACGUGGUUCGAGUUCGAUGACAAUUAUUGUUAUGUAGAAGCUGUUGUGUCCUGGAUGAAUCAGUAAAAAACGGGGACGAUUUACGUGUUGUGUAUUUCUUUCUUAUUAUUUUUUUUUGUUUUCGUUUUUGGACAUAGAAACGUGACUAUGGAAGGAACGACAAGUUCGUUUUUUGUACAUAACAUAAUUAAUAAUAAUAAUGAUAAGAAUAAUAAUAAUAUAAUAUUAAAAUAUAAACAUGAAAAAGAGGAUAAUAUUACAAGUGAUGUGUAGAUUUGUAAGGUGAAAUAAUUCGAAAAAAGGAUGACCUCAUUGGGCAGCAGGUUUCGGCUGUUUUCGAUCCUUUUCGGUUUCUGCGAAUGACGAGGCGAUAAAGACGAAAGUGAGCAUGGAAACCGGAAAUGGAAACGAUUUCGCAUAUACCGCACGCGCUGUCUGUCUCUGCCUCUUUUAGCGUCCAUUCAUUU